AUGGCUUUGAUCCCUUACUCUUUUGAGCAGUGGGAACAGCUCGGGAGGAGCUUGGAAAGUCAUGUUCGCCAACAUGGACCUACUACGGUAAGUUUCGCUGUGGUGAAUGGGGAUUCCGUAACACGUUGCGAAGCCCGUGCCACAUGUUCUGACCGUGGCCUCGUUUUGGAGGAUGGUGGCACAUGGAAAGUUUGGUAUGAUUCCUCCUUUUUCAAUCGGGUUGCAGAUAUGCACACCCCGGAGGUACCUCAUUUUGAGGCCCAGUUUUUGGUUCCGCUUCUUUCAGCGAUCAAAAACGUUGGAUGGGAGCAAGGUGUUCUUGCCGCUCAGCGCGAUGCGUUUAACAGGGAAUACGCACAAGCAUCGGCAGAUUUCCAACAAAAAUGGGCAUUACUAGAGCGACAAGCAGCGGCGGAACAGCACCGAACGGCUGCAAUGGCAGAGCAAGAGGAGCUUCUGCGUCAGAGGGUCGUGCAGUUCCAGCAACAGUGCACCGCCUUUGAAGAGUACAGAAACAAGGCGGCCCAGGAUUUGGAACAAAUGCACAGGGAAGUGACAGCGAAGCAAGAGAUGCUCACUGAAUUAAUGGCGAAACUCAAGAAAGAAACGCAGGACGUGCCCCAAACGCAGCCGAAGAUGGCCGAUCGAUGGGUGGAUCCAAUGGAGGAUUCCCCUUUGCGGCAAAAAACACGCCCACAAGUGGCGAAGACCACGGCAUUCACGCACGGCGCGCCAACAUCGACGGGGGGUGGGGGAAAUCUACCGCCCCCACCACGAGCAACGCACUUCAUAGAUGAAGAGGGCGAAGAUAAUAAUGGCGUU